ACAAACAACCCGUUGCUAUGAAAAACAGAGAUGCACGUCGCUGCUGUCCUUUAAUAUGACAAAAUAGUAACUUAUACUAUAUAAAGUACUAGGCUUUAUUUACGUAUCCUAUACGUUUAUAUUAUAAUUAUUUAGAAAGACCAAGAACCUAACCCUGUAUUUAAAAAAAAAAACUUAACUCAAAGUGUGAUGCCUCCUCCUGAAACAAUGUACUGCGCCCAGCAGAUCAACAUCCCUCCAGAGCUGCCUAAUAUUUUAAAGCAAUUCACAAAAGCUGCGAUUAAGACACAGCCACAUGAUGUGCUGCAAUGGGCAGCUGACUAUUUUUCAGCAUUAUCAAAAGGUCAGGGUCUACCAGUCAAGGAGAAGCUGGAAAUGCCAGUGGCAACUCAGAAAACAGACACAGGACUUACACCAGGCCUUCUAAAGAUCCUUCAUCAACAGCUCACAUCUAAAGAAUGCGUUACAAAAGAGGAGCUUCUUUUGAAGUGGAAAGAUCUGUGCUUGCCAAUCGAACAGCUUGACACAAUCCUCGCUCUUGGAAACUUCACUGAAAAUAUCAAUUGGAUGCAGUUUUUUGCUCUCGGAUGCAGUGCUUUGGGUGGGACCAUCAUGAGUGCUUUGAAACAUGCAUGUGAAAUACUCACAGAGGACCCUGAGGGUGGUGCAGCCCAGAUUCCUUUCGACACAUUUCAGAGGCUGUACACAUACUUGGCCCAUCUGGAUGGAGAAAUUCCUAAAGAACAGAUCAACAACUUCUUGCACCGUUUAGAGGAAGAAUGCCAAGGAGGAAUGGUGCAACCUUCAAAUUUUACAAGCUUCCGAAGCGCUGAGGAGUAGAAUCCAGUACAGAUGGUCCUCAGGUGGCAACAUCUUACAACACGCUCAAAAAAUAUUGAUCCUAGUUACUGUGUCCUGUGUUUGCCCUCUUUAUUCUGUAUGUUCUGAUGUGAUUGGAUUAUUUAACCAAAAUAAAUCCUCCAAUCUCCAAA